AUGGUGGAGGAUCGUCGCCAAUCGCUCUGGCGGCCGUACCCCGUCGCACGGCUGCCGCAGCUCACGGCACACAUUGUCGAGGACCACCCCACGCCCGGAUGCGCGACCGUCACGCUCACGUCGUCGGACGAGGCCGCCGUGCCGUCAAGCUCGUUUGUCGCUGACUUUGCGACGCUGGCCAAGUGCGACCGCGGCCGCAAGUGCCUCGCUUCCAUCCAAACAAUGCUGCUCGAGAACCAGCCAGCGCACUUGCAGCUGCUCUUCCGCGUCAUGGCAGACAGCCCGCACAAGACCAGCUACGCCGCCUGGGUCGCGACGGGCGAGGCCAUCCUUGCAGACAUGGAUGCUGCAUCUGCCGCAUCUGCCUCCUCCUCGACCACAACCACGGCUCAAGAGACACAGGCUCAAGGAACGCAGGCUCAAGGGACACAGCCGCUCCCUCAACUCGACACCCCAUCGCCGGCAGUUGUGGCCGCGAGCCUCGCCACUCCGACGACCGAGCUGCUCGCAGCAUCGCCCACAUCGUGGUAUCCACACAGCCGCACGCUCAUUCGUGUCAAGAGACCCGGAGAGUUUCUCCUGAGCAAGAAUCAUGGUAAUUGGGACGACGGCAUCGAACGCUCGUACGCUGACCUGGCAUUGAUGGCCUUGCGCGUGCUCGCCUACUACUGGCACGCCGGCCGUUUACCAUUCGAUCGCUACCUCAUCCAGACUGCGGAUGUUCCUACUCAAAUGAUGCUCUUGGGGCGCGAUGUCGCUCCGAAACAGAUGCUCGCUGAGAUUGUCGAAGGCCUCAACCAGCUCGGUCUGCCCUUGGACGAAGGCAUGAUCGACGGCACAAACGAAGCGCAUGAUGCGUACGCUCUGCCGCAUUUGCGCCUCUACCCGCGAUUCGACUGGGACGAGUGGCAGACAUACCAGCUGACCUGCCCCCUCCUCGUCCGGCACCUCUUCCUGGCUGUCUGGCACGGCGCUGCCGAACCUCCCCUUCAGUCAAAGAGCGACAUCCCGGCUGCGGAAGUGUUGAGCAUUAUCGUCCAGCGAGUGUGUUUUGAUGACACGCCACUCGAUGAGCGCUCAAGGAGGUGGUGGUAUUAUCUGCCCAGGAGCAAGACUGACGCUGACCGCACGCUCGCCUCUGUGCUGACCGGCGAGCUACUCACGAGUUGCAUUUCGCGCUGCCAAACCAACGCUGUCACGCUCCUGCAUCUCGCGGUGCUGCGGCGCCAUGCUGAUGUGAUCCGCAUCCUGGUGACGGAGUGCGGCAUGCCCGUCGAGCUCGGCCUUUGGGCCGCAGUGCGGUAUGGCCUCGUCGACAUGGCCCGGCUGAUGGUGGAACUUGGGGCGACACCGACCCGUUUUCUUCUUGAUGGGGUCGUUCGCAACCUCGACUGCGACAUGCUCCGGUUCCUUGUCGCGGCUGGCGGCGUCGUCACGGCCCGGGAGCUCACCGUGUACACCCUUGAGCACGACAUCCCACGCGCUGACUUCCUUCAGGCGUUGCUUGAGCUCGGCGCGCCCAUCGACGCUCAGGUGCCGGCUCGGUACUAUAAUCCGACUUCUGGACAAAGUACAAGACCACAUCUCGUCGAUCUGCUGCCUCGCCUGGCAGCCAAGAGUACGCGCAUCGUCCCGCUGCUUCUGUCAUACGGGGCGCGGAGAGGAGCACGAGCUGCACUGCAACACGCUCUCCUCGCACGCGAUCUGGAGGUCUUCCGACUGCUGCUGCAAUCCAUCCCCAUAUCCGAGCUUGAUAUGCAUCUGUGGGCCGAGUUAACUCCCCAGUGGCUGCCCGUGACGCCAUCCAGGCCAAUCUCGCCAGCUGAGUUUACCCGUUUCAUACUCGCGGUCGUCGAGUACGGGCUGCCAUUGCCCAACGCCCUUCCCGCUGCCGACGGAACGGAGUUUGACUUGUUCGCCAACCGCAAAUCGUACGACCUUGCUGGACUCUCGGACACCGAGAAGAGCAUUUACCGAGGUGCGCAGUUCGCUGCGUCUUCCGUUGCCUUCAGCGAGGACACUGCGGCCAUUCGCAUGCUCAUUGACCACGGCAACGGCGCACCCUGGCUUUUGUUGCUUUGUGCGUCUGUUCGGCCUGAGUGCCCCGACCAGUUGCUCUGCCAAAACGUUGAGCUGCUUAUUUACGCCCUGUCGCGACUGGAGCACGAUGCGGCUGCGCUUGUGAGCGAGUUGUGUUUGCUCGAAACAGCUUGCGAGUUACGUUCGGCCAGUUGUGUUCGACUUUUGCGGGUACUUGGCAUUCCAGCCAACAAUAGCCGAGCAGAAUUACUUGCCCGGUUUCGCGCUGCGGUCGCGGGCCAGCGCCGUCGUGACAAGAAGCGCGGCGUGCCCGAACGUCCAGUGACGGAAAUGCUGAUGGAGCCUUGGGCGCAAGUCUGGAUUGCCAUGCUCACUCCCCCAAAGAUGUCGCUGUUGAAUAGUGCUCGCCGGGCGCUCUUCCGCGCGCCGCAGCCGUUGCGCCGGUUUCUGCAUGAUGACGCCCAGCAUACGUUCGGCGAUUUGUACGAGCCGAUUCCGCCGUCGUCGGAACUACUCACGGAGGCACGCGUGGAUGUAAACAUGAGGCGAGCCACGCGGUCACCCGUUUGGUGGCUGUUGAGCCUGCUGGUCGUCGCCCGGGUCUCCUCUGGGCAAGAGCAAGCCGCAUGCACUUUCUGCACGUGCGUCGGAUCGCCCGUUAUCGAGGUCAAAAAUUGCAACGACGCACUCAUCACCAUUCCCUCCAAUAUUCCGACCACGGUGAAAAACAUGUGGAUUGAUAACACGUUCAUUCGGUUUAUUCGACCCGCUGCAUUCCGUGAUCUUUCUUCGCUGACUGUGCUCGGCUUGUAUGGGAACCAAAUUUCGGUCAUCCCUGCCAAUGCUUUCUCCGGUCUUGUGAGUUUGAAAGUUUUGGACUUGCGCGAAAAUGGCAUUUCCGACCUGUCCGCGAGAGCGUUUACAGGCCUUUCAGCGCUGACAUUACUCCAAUUGUCUUGGACCGGUCUCACAACGGUUCCGCGCGGAAUGUUGGCUGGCCUUACUUCUCUGCAACGUUUGGAAUUGCAGAACAACUUGCUUUCUACCUUGCCUCCUGGGUUGUUCCAGAAUCUGUCUGCACUUACACAAGUGGAUUUGUCAGGGAACUCGUUUGGCGCGGUUGCCCCUCCCAGCACGUACCGAGUCUUAACCAGCUUGAAUAAGUGUAGCACGAGGUGUGACACUUGCUACGGAGCGGGCCCAGAUGCAUGCUGCGCCACGUACUGCCUCUCAUGCAACUCGACCAAUUGCACAUCGUGCUAUGUUGGUUCUGUCAUGGUGGACGGUGUUUGUGGCCCGCCGGCACCUCUUCAGAUCAUUGCUGCCAGCUUCCCCGCCACAGCUUUGGAAGGCAACGAAAUUCAAGGAGUUAUUACCCUCCACAAUUAUGGGAAUACCUCGUUGGACAACGUUAAGUUGGGAAUGUACCCCGGGUACGGUCUGCAGCUGGACCUGUAUGAUCAGCAACAAAAGCCUGUGCCCUAUCUGCUGCAAGCUGAAGUUCAACAGGCGAUAACUAGACUUGCAUCGGAGACAUCGCUUGACGGGUAUAUCGACGAUAUCGGACAAGUUUCCCUUGCUGCAGGUCAAACUCUGGCAUUCCCUGUCAAGUUCGUUUUUCAAGGUCCCGCGUUUCCCCUUCUCUUUUUCUCUCGUUACGACGCUUGGUCUCUGCUCGUCCAAGAUACCAGCAACUCUGUCGGUGUGAUUUGGCGGAUGGAACCGCAAGAAACCAACAUUGCCGUUUCUCCAAUCGCCAAUGAUGCUGAGCUUGUUUUGUGGCUGCACACUGGCGAUCAACGAGAUGCCUGA